AGCAGGUUCCCUGGCCUUACGUUGGAUCCUCGCUUCCAAACAAUGGACAACAGUCCUCUGCAGGUGUUGACUGUUCCUACAGCCCCCUACCCUGACCAGAGGCCCGGCACCAGCGGCCUCAGGAAGAAGGUCUUUGUUUUCCAGUCCAGGAGGAACUACCUGCACAACUUCAUCCAGAGUAUCUUCUCCUCCAUCGACCUUCGCGACCGCCAGGGUUCGACAGUAGUGGUGGGGGGAGACGGACGCUUCUUUAAUCGGACUGCGAUUGAGGUCAUUGUGCAGAUGGCAGCUGCCAACGGGGUGGGUCGGCUGAUUGUGGGUCACCACGGGAUCAUGUCCACGCCGGCCAUCUCCUGUGUGAUCAGGAAGUACAAAGCCAUCUGUGGGAUCAUCCUCACCGCCAGCCAUAACCCUGGUGGAGCCAAUGGAGACUUUGGUAUCAAGUUCAACACUGCUAAUGGAGGACCGGCCCAGGAGGACGUCACGAACAGGAUUUUUCAGAUCAGCAGAACCAUCGAGGAGUUCGCGAUCUGCCCCAGACUCCGAGUGGAUCUGACCACGCUGGGAAAGCAGUCGUUUGACCUGGAGAACAAGUUCAAGCCCUUCAAAGUGGACGUUGUGGACUCUGUGGAGUCGUACGCUAACCUGCUGAGGAACGUCUUCGACUUUGCUGCUCUGAAGGAGCUUCUGUCCGGACAGAACCACAUCCGGAUACGAUUGGAUGCCAUGCACGGAGUGAUGGGACCGUAUGUGAGGCGAAUACUGUGUGAGGAGUUGGGCUGUCCGGCCAAUUCUGCCAUUAACUGUGUGCCACUAGAGGACUUUGGGGGCCAACACCCGGAUCCUAACCUCACCUAUGCUGCAGACCUUGUAGACAGCAUGAGAGAUGGAGAGUAUGAUUUAGGGGCGGCUUUCGAUGCCGAUGGGGAACGGAACAUGAUCCUCGGUAAACACGGUUUCUUCGUGACCCCCUCUGACUCUCUGGCUGUGAUUGCUGACAACAUCUUCUGCAUCCCGUACUUCCAGCACACAGGGGUGACCGGCUUCGCCCGCAGCAUGCCCACGAGCGCGGCUCUGGACAGAGUAGCCAAGGCAACAAAAAUAGAGCUAUAUGAGACUCCCACCGGGUGGAAGUACUUUGGAAACCUGAUGGAUGCAGGACGUCUGUCUUUGUGUGGAGAGGAAAGCUUCGGCACAGGUGGAGACCACAUUCGGGAGAAGGACGGCCUGUGGGCCGUGCUGGCCUGGCUCUCCAUCCUGGCCACUAGAAAGCAGAGCGUGGAGGAUGUUCUUAGGGGCCAUUGGCUUAAAUAUGGAAGAAACUACUUCACCAGAUAUGACUAUGAGAAUGUAGACAUAGAUGCAGCUUGUGAGAUGAUGGAGGACUUGGAGAUUAUGAUUUCUGACAAGUCAUUUGCAAAGCAGAGAUUUGCUGUGGAAGACAAAAUCUACCAAGUGGAAAAGGCAGACAGCUUUGAAUACACAGACCCAGUGGAUCUCACAAUCUCCAGGAACCAGGGUCUGCGGAUAAUCUUCUCUGACGGCUCUCGAGUCAUUUUCAGACUCAGUGGGACGGGGAGUGAAGGGGCCACAGUUCGAAUCUACAUCGACAGCUACGAGAGGGAACAUGUUUUCGAAGACACACAGGUGAUGCUGGCACCGCUGGCAACCAUCGCUUUGAAGAUUUCCCAGCUCCAUCACAGAACAGGUCGCAAGGGCCCCUCAGUCAUCACAUGACUCAUCUGCAAUACUUCUCCAUCGCUACAUCGCUGUAGCAGUGUCCUUUUGUUUCAUAUUACAAUUCUGUCUUGUUUUUGUAUUAACUGAACUAACUACUGUAUAUUUUAAACUGCAACAGCUUAACAUGCAUUUGAAUUGAGGCUCUAUAUUGGGUGACCUUUUCUGUAAAACAAUAAAAAGCUUCUUUUCUCGGUUA